AUGCACGCUUUCCCGCCCAAGGUCAAUCAGUCUGUGUCGCGACAGUAUUACACAAUGCAACUUGGCUCGCGAGAGGAUGUACCUUCAGCCAAGAUGGGUUGUACCGGGAGCGUCCUGGGAGUGUCCGACGAAUUCGAGACGCACCCCUCCACCACGCGGAUGCCCUCCAACACCUUCCCCGGACACGACAGGGAGGUGGACCCGGCGACGACCGACCCCGGCGACGCAAAGAACGACGGCGAUGCUGUGUCGACGAUCAGCAACGGGAAAAUCGGGGCUCUGAAUGAGGGCUCUGGCACGCAGAUGACCCUUCUCAAUGACGCCCUUGGGGGCAAACAGGACAACAGGCCGCCUUCGGCCAGGUCAAGCAAGUCGAGAACUCCAAGCAGGACCUCGAGCUCUGCCAAGUCGAGGUCGAGCCGUUCUUCGAAAUCCGCCGGGUCGACGAGGCCGGCGUCGGCUACGGAUCUCCACACAAAGCUCCCCGGGUCCAUAUCGGAGGAUGAGAAGGAGGAGGAAAAGCCAAAGGAGGAAGCUAAGCCAGAAGUGAAAGAUUUUAGCAAGGAACCUCUCAAAAAGGCUGAAGACAUGAUCAUAAAGCCUACAGUACUUGCGGCUCCAGAAAGCGCAGAGAAUGAAGGCGUGACUGAUCCCAAUGACAAGAACAAGGAAACGGCCGACAGAGUGGCUUCCGCCAAGUCAACGAAAUCCAGAAAUUCGGCUAAAAAUCCCCUAGAAACAUUACCAGGAAACGAAGAAGCGAAGACCGAGGAUAUCAUAACAACAGAAAACGGAAAACAGGAGACUGAUGGACCUGCACCACCAACCGAAAACGAAGAACCGAAACCCGACGAAAUCAAAUCAGCAGUAAACGAUGACCCGGAGACAGGAACUUCAGGAACGGAUAUCGAAGCCAAAAAUGAAGACGUCAAAAGCGAGGUGUCGUCAGAGGCCGCUCCGGAACCAGAAGCAGACACACUCGAGACCAUAGUAGAAGAUACCGUAAAAAGAGGUGAAGAAAUCGGGAUGCCGCAAGCUGAUACAUCUGCUGGUGAAGGUACUGCGUCCCAAGAAAUAGGCGUUACUCCUUCCACCGUGGCAGACGACUCCCUUGACAACCGCAGCUCAGGCUAUGCCACCACUCCGGCAACCAUCCCCACUGCCCCCGUCACUGCCAACCCGGCCAUGGUAACCACCAGCAUAUCCGGGUACUAUGCACCGAGCUACAUGCCCUCGGCAAGGCCAACCACAGGAGUGAGCGAGUCCAAGUACAUGGCGUCACUGCCUGCCCAGCUCAUGGCAUCGGUGGGCAGCAAUGCCUCCUCCAUCGGAUUCAGGGCACCAACAGGUAUGAACUCAAACGUGGCAUCCCGAUACGUGGCUCCGAUCAUGGUACCAAACAUGGCACGAGGAUCCAUGACGCCUGGUGUGUUCUUAAACAUGGCAUAUCCUAGACCCGUGGUUGCGAGUCCGUCCCCAACCAUGGCACCUGGACUUGUGGCACCUCACUCCCUGGCACAGGUGAUGGUCCCAAGGCCCAUGGCAGCAGGUGGUAUGGUUGGGGUACCGGGCACAAUACCCUAUGUUUUGCCAUACCUUGUCCCAGUUCCGGCCUAUAACAACAGCGAAAUUAACCGCACGGUAGCAACACCCGGCCCUUCCUCCGUGAGGACCGGGAGCCACCAGCCUUUCGUCCUGCGUCCGCUGGGGCAACAGGGUAGGCCCUUUGGUGUUAGAGAUCACGAUUGA